AUGGCUGCCACUGUACGAGCAGCUACUGCUUCGAACGCUCGUAUCCUCUCUUCUUUACAACCACCUCCAAAUGUUGUUAUCGUGGGUGGUACAUCAGGUAUUGGUCGAGCAAUAGCUCUUUCAAUAGCUCGGCAUUGUCCAUCUGCUAAUAUUACCAUUAUUGGACGAAAUGAAUCUGCUGCCAAUGAUAUUCUACCACAAUUAGGUUCAAAUCCAAAAUUUCUUCGUGCUGAUGUCUCACUAAUGUCUGAAAUUCGAGCCGUAACAAAGAAGAUAAACGCUGUUGACAUGCUAGUACUAACUCAAGGUAUUUUAACUAUGACUGGUCGAACACCAACAAUAGAAAAUAUUGACAAUAAACUGGCUUUACAUUACUACGGUCGAAUUUUAUUCGUACAAGAACUUCUUCCACUACUUCGGUCAUCACCAAAUGGUGGUAAAGUUCUAUUUGUAUUGGACAGUGUUAAUGGAAAUCCAUCUAAAAUUAAUUGGAAUGAUAUGGCACUUGAAAAUACAUAUUCUCUUUCGUCUGCUGCCAAUCAUGCAUUAUCAUUUACUGAUCAUGCUAUCCAAUAUUUUGCCUCACAACCAGAAAAUACAAAUGUAACAUUUACUCAUGCGUAUCCAGGAGUUGUACGCACAAAUCUGAGCGAUAAUUUACCUUUUUGGGCUCGAUUACCAUUAAAAUGUAGCUUAGCCAUAGGCUUAGGAAUUACUCCAGAAGAUUGUGCUGAACUAAUGGUGCAUGGAAUGCUUGGAACAGACAAAGGUUGUAGAUAUGUCGAUAAUAAAGGACGAACAGUAAUAAAAAAGAUUCCAUUACAAGAAGAUAUGGUUGCAAAAGUUUGGGAACAUACAUCUCGAAUGAUUUCUUUGAAUUAA